UAUAAAAGCAAUGGAACGGGCAGUAAUAAUUCAGCAGACUCAUCGUCUUCAUCUCUUAAGCUACUUUCCACUCUUUUAGAGCAAUAAGAUGAAAAUUUCGGCAUCAGCAGUGAUUAUUUUUCUGGUUUGCAUGAUGGCUUCGGCCAACGCUGCAAGACCACAACAUCCGUUUAUGCAUAAGCCCCGUCCAUUGGCAAGUAACAGCAACGUCAACAUCAACACCAACACGAAUGACAACACCAACUACAACCUCAUCAGCUCCCUUUUGUCUCAACUGACCGGCAACGAGGAACAAAACGACUGUGUUUACGGCGACUUCUCUUGCUUCGAGAAAAUGUUGGGGGCUAAAGGGGCUAAAGGUCUUGCUAAGGAGAAGCCAGAGACGACCCCAGAAAACGAGGACAAUGAUGUUCCUGAAGAGGACAACACAGAGAUCUUGGGCUUAGAAAAAACGUCCGAUGUUAAUUCAAAGCGUCGCCCCUUGAGACCUACUCGCCUUUCUAGAACAAGCAACUACAACGUUAAUUCCAACAGCAACAGCAACUCUAACAAUGACUUGAGCUCUAUUUUAGCAUCUCUCGAGCAGUUUCUUGAUAUGGACAUUAAGAAACGUGCUGCCAAAGCAGCCCCCGCCAUCGCUGCAGAAUGAAUAGUUUCCAAAACUACUGGUGGAAACGGAAUAUUUCUUCAAUAACGGAAUUCGAUAACAGGAACCGCGACUUAAUACAUUUUAAUUAUUUUGUCUUUAAAAUAUUUGAUUGGCUGUAGUGUUGUAGGUUUAAAUCAUUUCCUCUACCCGCCCCCAUAAUGUUCUCCGUUAUGUAACGGUUUUGGAUAUGUUUUUUUAAACGAUAAAUGAAUAAAAUCAAUGAAUUGCA